UCUUGGCGUGUCUUCUGCUUGAUUUUUUUUUCUAGCAUCAGUGGGCAACAACGUCGCAACGAAUCAUUUUCUUUCCUUUUUUUUUGAGAUUCCCCAUGCAAAAUUGGAAAGCCCUAGAGAUCACCAACCUUUCUGAUUAACGACGACGUGUGUAUUGCUCGAGGAUUUGAAAUUGAAUUGAUUCCAAUGAUGGUGGAAGAAGAAGCGAAAUUGGAAUCAAAAUCGAAACCGAUGGUGAAUGAGAAUUUGAGAUUCGGAGAAAGAGCUUUAUCCGCCGGCGGCGCCGCUUUUAUAUCGGCGGUCAUAGUCAACCCUCUCGAUGUCGUCAAGACAAGGUUACAAGCACAAGCUGCAGGUGUUCCGUACCAAGGCUCAUGUCGUCUUGGUUGUUUCGAAUCGAACUCCACGGUGGCACAUGAUUUGAGACCUAGUAGUUCUGGAGGGGUGUGUCGUAUUACUGGCUCUGCAACUGUAUGUUCAGAUCAUCAGUACAAGGGAACACUUGAUGUGUUCAUUAAAAUCAUCCGACAGGAAGGGUUUUCUAGGCUUUGGAGAGGUACUAACGCUAGUUUAGCCUUGGCCGUUCCAACCGUUGGGAUCUACAUGCCUUUUUAUGAUUAUUUCCGCAACAUAAUGGAGGAUUUCACGGCGGAGAAGUCUCCAUCUUUGACGCCUUAUGUCCCACUUGUUGCCGGGACUAUAGCACGCUCCUUGGCUUGUAUCUCUAUCUAUCCUGUUGAGCUGGCAAGGACGCGUAUGCAGGCGUUUAAGGGAACGCAAAGAGGCGUGAAACUUCCCGGCGUUUGGAAGACGUUAGUUGACGCUGUGAAUCCAGUUAAGGGCUCUUCAAGUAAUGGACAAAAUUACAGGAUGUUGUGGACUGGUCUUGGUGCUCAACUUGCUAGGGACGUUCCGUUCUCUGCAAUCUGCUGGUCGAUACUUGAGCCAACACGGAGAAGCAUUCUCUCUUUGAUGGGUGAAGAACCAAGGGCGGGGAGUAUAAUAGGAGCAAACUUCACUGCUGGUUUUGUUGCUGGUGCGGUUGCUGCUGCAGCUACUUGCCCACUUGAUGUUGCAAAGACUCGGCGUCAAAUAGAGAAGAAUAGAGAUAGAGCUAUGAAAAUGACGACAAGACAAACCUUGGCUGAGAUUUGGAGGGAUGGAGGAAUGAGAGGGAUGUUUAGUGGAGCAGGGGCUAGAGUUGGACGGGCUGGACCAUCUGUAGCCAUUGUGGUUUCCUUUUACGAAGUGGUCAAGUACGGACUCCACCACUUUCACCAACAGUAGUAACACGUUUUGUAGUUACUACAAAGAUUACAUUUGGAUGCAGAAGCUAGAGAAGUCCUUGGCAUCUAACACUCAAUAAGAACUUGCACGGCAAAAAUAAAAGAAAAUUCUUUUGAAAAUUUUAAGAUUUAGUUUUUCUCUGAAAGUCGAAUAUUGUUUAUUUAUUUAAUUUUACGACACGAGAUUCUUGUCGGGAAGAAUACAAUAACUCCAUGGUCAAGGAGGGGUAUGCAACAUGUGAAAUGUCAUAAAUAAUCGAGUAGUGAGACUAUAUAUUAUUUCCUAUCAUUUGACAUUU